AAAUAAAAAAAUACUUACACCGCAUUAUUAUUAGUAUUGUGAAAUAAAUAGUUAGUGCAGACAAUUUUCAAUGAAGACAAUUUUCAGUGAAAUAAUCUCUACCUUUUAAGUGCGACAACAAGGUUGGCGCAGGUGAAUUUCUCAACCCGGAAAUAAGUUGACUAAAAAUCAAAGGGCGCCGUUAAGGCAAGUCGUACAGCUGGCAAGGUGAUUAGCCAAGCAGAGUCAUCAUGGGGUCAGGGAACAGCAUAGAGGACUUAAAUGAUCAUUUCAAUGAUGUGGUCUCCAGACUGCAGUCCAAGCAGUUGUUCCAGUCCGACUGGGACAUUGUCUUCUUUGCCGUCUUCUUCACCUUCAUCGGUGUGAUUGUGCUGCUGGGAACUCUCAUCCUCAUCCGCUGCUGCUGCUGCUGCUGCUGCCACCAGAAGACCGGGCGAAAGAAAGUUGGCAUCGACAAUUUUUCUCUGGAACCAUGACAACAUUAAUAAUAAAACGUUAAUUACACGUUAAUAACACAACAAUUUUAGCACAGAGAACGUGUUUCUGGAACCAUGACAACAUUAUGAAUAACAUGUUAUAUUACACAUUAAUAACACUAAUAAUUUUGACAUAGAGAAUUUUUGUCUCUGGAACCAUGACAUUUCCGCUUCAGUCAGCAAACUUCUUGCAAAACUUUCAAAAGUGAUAAAAAAAAAAAUCUAAACAAUUGUUGCCCUUCUCUUUCGUCAUUUUUACUCCACAAGAUGGAACUUUGUCAUUUUAUUGGAUCAAAAUAUUUUCUUACACUUGAAUGUCAUUUUGUGAAUACAUUUUUAAACUUGAGUUGAUUUUGUUUGCUCUAAUAGGAAGACAACUUUGAAAGUACGACAUGAUGGAAAAUAAACUUAUAUGUCACA